GUCCCCUUCCUCUAUAUAUAGUUCAUGGUUUGGGUCUGAAUCUUUAUCUCAAAGGGUCUCACUAAACUUUUCUUUGCUCAAGAUUAGAUCCAACUACGUCUUUUUUUUCUUUUCGUUUUUAAACCAAGACUAAUGUCAAUGGAAGGGUCAAGUACCUGGAGCUCUGUGAGGGGGGAACUGUUACACGGUAACUUAGAAAUUUGUGUUAAGGAGGCUAAAAAUCUUCCUAACAUGGAUCGGUUCCGGAUGUAUAAGAGGAACAGUACAAGUGAUCCGUUCGUGAGUGUCUCUAUCGCAGGUGCAAAGAUCGGCACAACUUUUGUGAUCGACAACAAUGAGAAUCCUCUGUGGAUGCAGCAUUUCUAUGUACCGGUGGCUCAUACUGCUAUGGAGGUUAAGUUUGUGGUAAAAGACAGUGACAAAUUUGGAGCCAAGUUCAUAGGAGAAGUUGGAAUCCCAACCGAGGAGUUGUGUUCAGGGAAUAAGAUCGAAGGGUUGUUUCCGAUACUUAACAGUAGUGGGAAGCCAUGUAAAAAGGGUGCUGUGUUGAGUUUGUCUAUUCAAUACACUCCAGUUGAAAUGAUGAAAGUUUACCAAAUGGGUGUUGGUAAUGAGUGCGGAGGAGUUCCGGGUACAUACUUCCCUUUGAGAAAAGGCGGUAGGGUUACUCUAUAUCAAGAUGCUCAUGUUGAAGACGGGACACUUCCGAGUGUAGAUCUCGAUGGUGGGAUCCAGUAUAUACAUGGAAAGUGCUGGGAAGAUAUGGCUGAUGCAAUUAGACAGGCGAGGAGGUUGAUUUAUAUCACAGGUUGGUCAGUUUACCAUCCGGUUAGGCUGGUUCGUCGCAAUAAUGAUCCGACCGAUGGUACAUUAGGGGAUUUGCUUAAAGCAAGAUCUAAAGAAGGUGUUAGAGUUUUGCUAUUGGUGUGGAAUGAUCCAUCUUCAUGGAGCUUACCAAAGUACAUAAAACAAGGAGUUAUGAACACAAGCGAUGAGGAGACUCGUCAUUUUUUCAAGAACUCGUCGGUGCAAGUGAUUAUUUGUCCUAGAUCUGGUGGGGAAGGUCACCACAGCUUCGUAAAAAAACAGGAGGUUGAAACUAUCUACACACAUCAUCAAAAAACUGUGAUCGUAGAUGCUGAUGCAGGUCAGGGCCGAAGAAAGAUCGUAGGGUUUGUUGGAGGGCUAGACAUGUGCAACGGACGUUUUGAUACUCCUAACCAUCCUCUCUUUACGACAUUGAAGACACUCCAUAAAGAUGACGUCCAUAGCCCAAAUUUUGUGCCUAAUGCUGAUGGACCAAGACAACCGUGGCAUGAUCUACACAGCAAAAUUGAUGGUCCAGCUGCAUAUGACCUGCUUAUUAAUUUUGAACAACGCUGGGAAAAAGCUUUAAAGAAACAGCACAAAAUUUGGAAACAUCGGUCCUGUUCUGAUGAUGCUUUGCUCAAGAUUAACAUGAUACCUGAAAUCAUGGGACUAUCAGAAGUUUCUUCUACUAAUGAUAGUGAUCCAGAGUCUUGGCAUGUUCAGGUUUUCCGUUCAAUUGAUUCAACCUCAGUAAAAGGAUUUCCAAAGGACCCAAAGGAGGAUAGUGGAAGGAAUCUUCGAUGUGGGAAGAAUAUACUCAUAGACGUGAGCAUACACACGGCUUAUGUUAAGGCCAUAAGAUCUGCUCAGCAUUUCAUUUACAUUGAAAACCAAUAUUUUUUUGGAUCAUCAUUCAACUGGGGUUCACAUAAGGACCUCGGUGCUAAUAAUCUAAUCCCUAUGGAAAUCGCGCUUAAGAUUGCUAGUAAGAUUAGAGCUAGGGAGAAGUUUGCUGCUUAUAUUGUCAUUCCAAUGUGGCCAGAAGGUGAUCCAACACAUAUGUUUUUGCAGAGCAUUCUAUACUGGCAGUAUAAAACCAUGCAAAUGAUGUAUCAAACUAUCUACACGGCACUUGUGGAAGCUGAACUUGAUGAUCAAUAUGAGCCACAAGACUAUUUGAACUUUUUCUGUCUUGGAACCAGAGAGGCUGCUGAUGUAACAGUUAGCAAACAUAGUUCUCGGAAUCAACCUACGAAAAAUGUAAAGCCAAAUGCCGCACAGGUACAAGCUUUAAAGAGUCGAAGAUUCAUGAUAUAUGUGCAUUCCAAAGGUAUGGUUGUGGACGACGAGUUUGUCUUAAUUGGUUCUGCGAAUAUCAACCAACGAUCCUUAGAAGGAACUAGAGACACUGAAAUCGCCAUGGGAGGGUAUCAACUACACCAUUCAUGGGCUAAGAAAGGCUCUCGUCCACGUGGUCAGAUCUUUGGAUAUAGAAUGUCGCUGUGGGCAGAACAUCUAGGGUUUCUAGAGCAAGGUUUUGAGGAGCCAGAGAACAUGGAAUGUGUGAGACGAGUUAGGCAUUUGAGUGAGCUCAACUGGAGACAGUAUGCAGCAGAGAAAGUCACAGUGAUGACAAGUCAUCUUCUAAAGUAUCCAGUUCAAGUCGAUAGAACAGGCAAAGUAAGUUAUCUUCCUGGAUGCAAGACAUUCCACGAUGUUGGUGGCAAGAUCAUAGGGCACGUUUUAUGGGCUGGAAUGAAACCUCAUCAUCUGGAAAUUACCUUGUAGUGCCAAAAUAUGAUCUAAUAUAAA